GGCUGCGGUGCCGCCAUGAACGCGGCCGUGGUGCGGCGGACGCAGGAGGCGCUGGGCAGGGUGAUCCGCAGGCCACCGCUGACCGAGAAGCUGCUGAGCAAGCCGCCGUUCCGCUACCUGCACGACAUCAUCACCGAGGGCACCAGGAAGGAGGGCUGUAAACUGCAGUGAUGUUUGUUGAUAGCCCCACAACUCGCCUGAACUUGGGAGUGGUUGUCUGUGUGGCGCUUCCUGUCCAGGAGGAUGGGGUCUUCAGUCCCAGCGGCUAAAGCCUGUUUGCUAGGGUAUCUGGGUGAUCAGGAUGACUGGUUUCAUGAAGGGACUCUACACAGAUGCCGAGAUGAAGUCAGAUAACGUCAAGGAUAAAGAUGCAAAAAUCAGCUUCCUGCAGAAGGCCAUUGAUGUGGUUGUGAUGGUCUCGGGAGAGCCUUUGCUGGCCAAGCCAGCACGGAUUGUGGCUGGGCACGAGCCUGAGAGAACCAAUGAGCUGCUGCAGAUGAUUGGAAAGUGCUGUCUUAACAAGCUCUCUAGUGAUGACGCCGUGAAAAGGGUUUUGGCCGGAGAGAAAGGGGACGCGAGAGGACAGGCUGUGCGGACCUCGAAGUCUCACGAGCUGGACAACAAGCACGCCAAGGAGGAGGGGUCCAAGUCGCGGAAGGAGAAAGAGGAGAAAAGGAACUCCGAAGUGAAAGAGCGAAGUACAAGCAGAGAUGAAAAACAGAAAGAAGAUGCAAAGGAAGAGAGCAAACCCAGAGAGAGAGAAAGGGACAAGGAGAAGAUGAAGGAGAGCGACCGAGCCCGACACAGAGACCCCGGGAGGGACAAGCACCGGGAAGGGGAGCGAGAAAGAGCCAAAAACCGGGCCAAGCCCGAGCGGGAGCGGGACAGGGACAGAGGCAACAAGGACCGUGAUCGAGAGGCUGAGCGCGAGAGGAGGAGUGAAGGCGGCAGAGAGAGGGACAGGGACAGGGGCGGAGAGCAGGACCGGGACAGGGCCAGGGACCGGGAGCACCACAGAGCAAGGGACAGAGAUGGGCCGCUCCCCAAGGACCCUGAGAGGGAGAAGAGCCGGGAGCAGGAUCGGCCGGGGAGGAAGUUAUCAAGCUCUGGGGAGAUGCCCAAGAAGCUGUCUGAUGGACUUGCCAAAGACUCCCAAGCGGAAACAGAGGUUGAGGUUUCCAACAGAGCAUCCAGGUCGUUGCCCUCAAAAACUUUGAAACAGCGAUCCAAAAAUUCCGUGGAAGGUGACUCUGCCAGCGAUGCAGAAGGAGAAGCUGGGCCUAGACCUGGGCCUCCUGCCCCGGAGAAGUCUGCAGUGUCAGAGAUCCCUGAAGUCCCCACUGAGCUUCCUUCUGGUGCCAGGAGACCACCCCGGCCAGGCAGUGCAAGGCCAGCGCCUCCCCGGAUCCGCCGACAGGAGAGUGUGGAGGUGUUAACGGUAGACAGGAUAGGGAGUGGUAAAACCGUGGCCAGCGUGAUCAUAGAUUCCCAGGUUUCUGACAACGAGGAAGACGAGCAUUUUGUGGUAGAAGCUGCCCCUCCACUCACUGAAAUGUCGGAGAUUGAAGUGGUGCCAGCAGCAGAUCUAGAGGAUGACGAGAAGCACGGUGGACUUGUGAAAAAGAUUUUGGAGACAAAGAAGGAUUAUGAGAAGUUGCAGCUGGCCCCCAGAGCUGGAGAGAAGGAGAAGUCACUUGUCUUCGAGUCAGCGUGGAAGAAGGAGAAGGACAUAGUUUGCAAGGAGAUCGAGAAGCUGCGUGCAUCCAUCCAGACCCUGUGCAAGAGCACGCUGCCGCUGGGGAAGAUCAUGGACUACCUGCAGGAGGACGCGGACGCCAUGCAGCACGAGCUGCAGCUAUGGCGCAGCGAGAACCGGCAGCACGCAGAAGCGCUGCAGAAGGAGCAGAGCAUCACGGACAGUGCUGUGGAGCCCCUGAAGGCGGAGCUGGCCGAGCUGGAGCAGCAGGUCAGAGACCAGCAAGACAAGAUCUGUGCUAUGAAGGCCAACAUCCUUCGGAAUGAAGAGAAAAUUCAGAAAAUGGUGUAUAGUGUCACUCUGACAUCUCGGAGGUGAAUGCUGCACUGGCCGGUCCCGCUGGUAUGACCCCAGAGGAAGGCGGCAGGUGAGGACCUGUUCCCUGCACCACUGCCCGGCUGGGAAGGCCUCGCACAUUAAAGACUGUUUGCUGACCCCUUCCGACUGGGACCUUGCUUGUCAUAAACAGCCUGUGUGUCCACUGCCCAUCCCCAUCCUUGGGCUGUUUCCGCUGCAGCUCGGCCCCUGGGCCCGAGUCCUUUCGAUCUGCAGUGUGGGCGGGCGUCUCCCAGGUAGAGUGGGCCUGGAAUGAUGAAGCUAGACCAAUGCCUUCCCCUCGAAGGGCAUUCCUGUCAGCGGUACCCUCGCCAGGUCCCCGUGAGCCACGGUCGGCUGAGCCUGCCCUGUGUCAUGUGCACUGCUCCUGUAAUUGGCGAAGUCCCCAGCUGGUGCCUGUGUCCCAGGCCUCUCAGGCCACAGAUGGGCUGUGGAGGUGUCUGGGUGGCCUUCCUGAGCAUCGUAAAUUUGAGCUAUCACAAGCUCCUUCCUCACUUUCAGCACUGUGCCUGGGGUCCCCCAGUCCACACCAGCAGAGCCCCCAAAUGUCCUUCCUGUUGCUCUGCAUGGGUGUUCCCGUGGGUGGCUCCAGAGAAGCCACUUGGGAGAGAUGGCAAAGGAGGCACCGGAUGACAUUUUUUGAUGUAACCCAUUUUUUUGGAAAAUGUUUUUUAAAGCAAAGCUUUUUUUAAAAACAUGGUUUAUACUCAGUUUUUCACUUUCAUGUAAUACUGUAAAUAUUUGUUAAGGUCUUAAGUUAUUGUGUGAAGGCUUCCACUAUGUUUGGAGACACACGUGGGGGUCCUCAGGCCUGGGUCCUGGCCCUCUUCUUUCUGGCUACCGUAUUUCUGACUGUGAACUCAGGGCACCAUGGUGAGUGUGAGGGUCGCCUGAGAGAGCUGGGUCCUCUAAGGUUAGCACAAAUGGCUCAGUUUGAUUUUUCUUAACAUGUUCCUCAAAUAAGCCCGUUAUUGAGGAAGUAUAGGGUCUUUAAACUGAUCAAGGCCAGAGCGCCGCUGAGAUCUGUUGUUUGGAGACAUUGGUGUUUUCUUUUUCCCUUCUGUAAGCACCACACAUUUCUGUCUGAUCAGAUUACACUAACACAGCUCAGGCAGGGAGGACUGUUAGCUAACCAGUCCUCCUGCUAUUUAUAGCUCUUUUCUACCGAAUUGAAUGACUUAGCCAUAAGCCUGCAGUGGACCCCAAGCUGAGAUACAUACCUUUUAUGAAUUUGUGUAUAUGAAUACAUUUUUUGUUUGGGGAAAUUGCUUAUAUUGUAUGUGAGUAAAAUUUUGUAUAAAGUAGCCUAUCAAAUUGUAUCAAAGUUUAUUUUUCAUAAAUCAUUAAAAUAAUCACUUAUUUUUUCUA